AUGUGUGUCGCUUCUCUGUUUCCAGUCUCCUUCCGUUAUCUAUCUAUCUAUCUAUCUAUCUAUCUAUCUAUCUAUCUAUCUAUCUAUCUAUCUCAUUAUGAUCUUGUCUAUCUAUCUUUCUAUCUAUUUAUACCAUAUCAACCUAUCACAGUCUGUUAUCUAUCUAUCUAUCUAUCUAUCUAUCUAUCUAUCUAUCUAUCUAUCUAUCUAUCUCAUUAUGAUCUUGUCUAUCUGUCUUUCUAUAUAUCUAUAUACCAUAUCAACCUAUCACAGUCUGUUAUUAUCUAUCUAUCUAUCUAUCUAUCUAUCUAUCUAUCUAUCUAUCUAUCUAUCUAUCUUAUUCUAUUCUUAUAUAUCCAAGUAGCUAUCUCAUUCCGGACUCUGUCUGCGUCAUUUUUUUUUCUUUGUCGUUUGAUUGGAAUCCCGUACCAUUCGUUUCAUUUUGUUUUCUUCCUUUGUCCUUUUUUCUUUAAAUAA